UUUCCCCUGCUACCCUGCUUUUAAACCUUGUUCAGAACCACAUAAGAUGCUGUCCUUUCCAUCUGAACUGUUAAUCAGGAUUAACAUGAAGCCUGCAUUAAAAUGCGAGUUUGUCUAGAAUAUCAUGGUCGUGAAUCCAGAGAGGGCGCAGACUGCGGACGAGCUGGCAGAUUGUUGCGAUGACUCCGAGUGCGACACGUCACAGAGUCAUUGACAAACGAGUUCGAAACGCUAGAAAGGCUUUGGGCAGGAUUGAGUCUUCGGAAAUCAUUGCAGUGGGCUCCGAAAUUAGUUACUCAAUUCAGAUGAUAAUGCCAACCAACUGGGUUUCAUACUUCUUCAUCAUUUUUGGAGCAUGCAUGAUCUUGGCAUUUAUUACCUGUUAUCUGUUUCACUUGAGGAAGAAUAGAAGUCAAAAAAAGGAGAUAACAGAUUGGGUGAAUUCCAUGAAACACAGCAGUGUGGUGUACCACCCAUUAUUGCACUGGAUUAAGAAUAACAGUGAUUUAUCCAUUAAAACAAAAGCAUAUUCUUCAGGCAAUGAACAAUGCAAGAAACUGAAGAUUUGGAAGGCUCAGACUGCACUACCAUCAAAGUACAAGAAGAAACCGAGGAACCCAGGUGCAUCUAAUCACAGAGCAGGUUACUCUCAUAAUCCACAGAUUGGAAAUAAAUGUUUCCCAAAAUCACCAGUGGAUGUUGCUUCAGGUGAAGCCAGAUGGAUACAUAGUCAACCUGAAAAGCCAAAUACUUUUCUUUUUCCGAAAGUGCAAAACCCCUCAAGAAAGUCUUGCCAACCACUUCUUCUCUAGAUUAAUCAUUUGCUAAUAAUCACAAGUAUAAGAGCGAACUUGAUAACAGGAACCUGACACAGUGGCAUCAAAGAAGAAAUAAGAGAAUCAUUAG